CGACUUCAAUGCGACGGUCGUGUCCAAGCUAGAGCGGCGUUUCACAAUAAAGUGUAUAGAGGAUCUAUAUAUACUGUAGAUAUAUUUACUGCACAUAAAUAUAUACCUAAUAAACUGAUUGUUCAAGUGACAUAUUGACCAAAACUCUCGAUUUAAUGGAGCUGGCUACUGAUGCAGUGAGAAAACCCAAUGCUGAAGGCAGUGCUUCAACCAUAUAUGGCAUGCCAGUGGAUGCGCAUCACCCGUUCUAUUUGGACUUGUACCGCAAGUCUGUGCAGAAUCCCGUUGCCUUCUGGGAGGAGCUGGGCCAAUUGCUCGACUGGGACAGGCCCUGGCAGCAGGUGCUGGACAACAGCAAUUCGCCGUUUACUAAGUGGUAUGUGGGCGGCUAUUUGAAUGCCUGCUACAAUGCCGUGGACAGGCACAUACUGGCCGGCAGGGGCGACCAGGUGGCCCUCAUCCACGAUAGUCCGCUCACGGAGACGGUGCGCAAGGUCACCUACCAGGAGCUGUACGACCAGGUUGUUCUGCUGGCAGGCGGCCUGGCCAAGCUGGGCGUUGGUAAGGGCGAUCGUGUGGUCAUCUACAUGCCUCUGAUACCGGAGACCAUAAUCGCAAUGCUGGCUAUAGUUCGCCUUGGAGCCAUACAUUCGGUGGUAUUUGGUGGAUUUGCUGCACGUGAGCUCUGCUCGCGCAUUGAGCACGUCGAACCGAAAGUCGUGAUCGCUGCCAAUGCGGGCGUGGAGCCCGGCAAGGUGGUGCCAUAUCUGGACAUACUCCACUCCGCCAUCAAUAUGUCACGCUGGAAGCCACCGCAACGCAACAUUAUUUUCAUGCGCGAGAAGGUGGCGUCCGACAUCCUGGACGACAAGCUGGAUGUGCUCUGGUCAACUGUGCAGGGCAUGGCCGAUGCUAGGCAGCCAGUGGCCUGUGUGCCCAUCGAAGCGAACGAUCCACUCUAUAUACUCUACACCUCGGGCACCACAGAUAAGCCGAAGGGUGUGCUGCGCACAAUUGGCGGCCACCUGGUGGUCUUAAUGUACACGUUGAAGAUGAUUUAUGGCAUUAAGCCCGGCGAUACAUGGUGGGCUGCCUCCGACAUGGGCUGGGUUGUGGGGCACUCUUACAUAUGCUACGGUCCCCUCUGCCUGGGUGCCACGAGCGUCAUGUACGAGGGUAAACCAGAUCGCACGCCGGAUCCGGGACAGUACUUUAGAAUAAUCGACCACUACAAGGUGUGCGGCAUCUUCUCCGUGCCGACCUCUUUCCGUGUGAUACGUCGCGCCGAUCCGGAAAUAAGCUACGGCCGCCAGUACUGCAUGAAGUCGUUGCGGGCCAUCUUCAUAGCUGGCGAGCAUUGCGAUUACGAGACCAAGGCUUGGAUAGAGAAGACAUUCAAGGUGCCGGUGCUGAACCACUGGUGGCAAACGGAAACGGGCUCGGCCAUAACUGCGACUUGCUUGGGCCUGAAGCACAGUCUCACUCCGCCCAUAUACUCUACCGGCUUGCCCCUGAUGGGCUACGAUGUUAAGAUUUUGAAAAAGGAUGGCACUGAGGCGCAGCCCUCUGAGCUAGGCCGUAUUGUGUUGAAGCUGCCGCUGCCCCCUGGCAACAUGGCCACACUCUAUAGGAACGACGAGCUCUUUCGCAAGCUCUACUUCCAAAAGUUUCCGGGCUACUAUGAUACGAUGGACGCCGGGUAUAAGGACGCGCUGGGCUAUGUUUUCGUUACGGCCCGUGAUGAUGAUGUCAUCAAUGUGGCCGGCCAUCGUCUGUCCACCUCCAGUCUAGAAGAUGCUGUGUUGCGGCAUCCAGACGUGGUCGACGUAGCCGUAUUCGGUGUGCCGGAGCCAACUAAGGGUCAGGUGCCGCUCUGUCUCUAUAUACCCGUCGAGACGUGCAAGAAAACCGACGCCAAGCUCUCUGCUGAGAUUAUCAAGCUCAUACGCGACAUUGUGGGUCCCAUCGCAGCCUUCCGCCUCAUCACCUCGGUCAAAAACUUGCCCCGCACGCGCUCCGGCAAGACGAUGCGCAAGGCCAUGGCCGACUUUGCCAGGAACGAACGUGUCGUGCUGCCGGCUACCAUUGACGACGCCAGCGUCUUCAGCGAGAUCAGGCGCGCCCUGCAGCAUCUGGGCUAUGCGAUGUCUGCGCCCGAUCCCAUAGUCGCUAAGCUUUUGGACUGAUCCUUGGCUGAGCUCAAGAGCCACUUCGUCCCCUGGGUUAACUGUGCAAUUAUUAUAGUUUUUUUGUAAAUGUUCAUAUAAAUCAAAUAAAUCUUCAACAUA